AUGACCACCGAUAUGCAAUGUCUUGACUGUAAUUUGAAGAAAAUCCAAUUGCAAUUGAAUCACCCUUUCGAGCCAGGAGUGCAAGACCCAGUAUCCUUUCAGUCACUGGUAACUUCAUGCGGGAAGAGUUCAUAUCCAAUUACCUAUACCCCGACGGCCACCACAACAGCACCUAUAACCACCACAGCAUCGCCAGCUUGCACGAGUACCUACGCUGCAAAGGGGCCAGACACGCCAAAUUCGGUCGCCUUAGCUCUCAAAGUUUCCACAGAUCGGCUUUUAACGAAUAACAAUAUCCCGUUGACUUGGAACACAACUUUUUCAACGGGCACGGUUUUAUGUCUUGAUAACGUCCCGGUAUGUUUGACUCGAGCUGUUCAGCCAUCGGACACUUGUUCUUCGCUUUUCGAAAUGAUAGGUUUCAGUUUGAAUGAGAUUAUGCUCAGAAGCUGGAAUCCAACUUUGGGACACGAUUGUGGGAAUCUUAAGAACAUGGUUGGGAAGAUGAUAUGUAUAUCUCCUCCAGGAACUACCACAUCCUAUACAGAAAAACAGCCUCCACCGACUUCAACAAGCAGUACUUCGAGCGAUACCGCAAUUUGGUCCUGGAGCACCGUUUCAGCCACUGCGUCCCCGACUCUCACAGCCAACCGGUCACUUCAAUGGACAUGGCCGCCGGACUUCCCUACCAUCACAACAAUCAAUGGGACAAUGCCAGCAUCAUCUAGCAUAUCGUUAGCCCUAGCGCGCAUAACGUAUUGCCCAUUUCUAGCAGAAGGGAGCGAAGAUUGGAGGGCUGGGCUUGCCGCCGAUGAAUACCGCCCAAGCCGACACGAACUGGACGAGUCAUGCCAAACCCUUUGGGGUCCGUACUGCAAUGCUAACUUAUCAACUGCUGUUCUCCCGAGCCCUACCACCAUACCGUCAAGUUGUUAUCCAUUAAUCUCCACAGUCACAAGGGAAUAUGUUGAACCCCCAGCAGCAACCGCAAGCGGGACUCCAGACAACUGCAACCAAUGGCAUAUUGCGGCCUCGGGCGAUACUUGCGACGCAAUUGACUCCAAAUAUUCAAUCACUCUCGCGCAACUGAAGGCGUGGAAUCCAUCGAUCAAUAGCAUAUGCUCAAACAUUAUGGUGUCUUUCGCAUAUUGCGUGCGAGUAUGGAUUGAGCCGAGCUCGAGUUCUACCUCUGCGACAGCCAGCCCCACUCUCGCACCGCCAGCUCCAACCUCAUCCGGCACAUCAGCAGCUUGCUAUAAGUGGCAUGUUGACAAAACUAGUGACACUUGUACAUCCAUUGCAGAGCUUUACGGGAUCAUUGUCAGUCGGUUCCGUCAAUUAAAUCGGUCUUUGAGCACCUUAUGCGACAACCUAAUAGUUGGAAAUGCGUAUUGUGUUAGAUGA